AUGGGCUUGGUCAAGUUCAUCCAGUGCUCAGCACGAGCGGCUUGGCGGGCAGCACAACAGCCCUGGGCUACUCCGGCUGCGGGUCCCAUCAACGAACAAGAGCAGCUGGUUCACCGAAUCAAUUAUCCUGAAUCACACGACAUUGUGGAGGAAGAAACGGAAGAUGCAAGCCACGCCAGGGCAAACAACUGUGACGCCGCGGCCAGUGACAAGACCAAUAGCAACAAGUUCCAGGGUGGCAGGCACAGUAAUGGGCAGGGCAAAGAAGGCUUCUACAGAGUCAGCGGCAGCCACGUUCCCAGAAUCAACAACAGCAAAGACUCUGCGACUGGCCGCAGCGGAGGUGAUCACAACAGCAGCGAGGCCACAGCACGGCGGUUCUUUGAGUACUACGAGGCCAGCCAGCGAAAGUCGCGGGACACCAACAACACCAACAACGCUAGUAACACGAACAACUCCACAGGCACUUCGACAACACCGCCGCGGACGUCGCGCUUCAUCGAGAACUUUGAGUAUCUCGAGGCGGUCCCGCUCUUGGACCAGGACAACCAUAGCAGCAACGGGCUUGGCUCUGCGGCUGCGUCUGCGGUGACUAGCCGUGAAGACGGACCAGCUACUGCCACCACCAUUGCCGUUGGUGCCACCGCAACCGCCAAGAAUUACACGAUCAAGCAGCGCUUCCGGCGCUGGCUUUACCGCCAGGUGCAGGAGUGCGAGAUGCGCGAGCGCGCGCGGCGGAGUCGUCCCCGGUUCGGCGGGAGAUAUCGGCCCGUGGUGGAUAUGCACUGCCGGCGGGCGCGGCAGGAACUCUUGGACCAAAGAAGGAAGAAGAGAACGAAGAAGGAGGAGGAGGAGGAAGAGGACGAGGGGGCCAAGAGUGAAGAUGGAGAGAAGGAAGGAUGCAGCGGCGGGGUUGAAGGGUUUGUGAGGAGGAUGGGCGAGGCGAUGUAUCAGGUCACAUAUGGCCAGCUGGUGAUGCGGAGACGUGCGGCGGGGAUGGAGAAGCAGCUUGCAGGGCAUGUCGAGUGGGCGAGGGCGCAGUGGACGACGAGGCAGGAGAGGCAGUGACCACAAGCAUGUUGACAAAUACGUGUGCCUAGUGUACCG